GGGUGGAGGGAGAGCAGAGACGUGCAGGUCAGCGCUCCCGCCUGCCUCACUCGCUGUCAAGCCCUACGGAAGCCUUUUUGGAGCUUCCCAAGCAUCAAUUCAGUCAGUGGAGGUUUGGAUUUGCGUGGGACUUAGGUAUUCCACCAAGAUUAACUUAUGGUAGCUUCUCCUGGAAGUGAGGUUUUGCGGUCCUGGUUAUGGGUCAGAUAACUGGCCUCCUGGAAAAUGUAAUGAUUCCUAAAAGGCAAGCGUUUGAACCCCUGAAGAGAUCAGUCGUGGCACAGUCUCAGCAUUUCUCAGCAGAACCCAUUGAGAAGAAGGAAGAGGACGAAAUGAAGAGGAAGAGAGUAAAGCUAAGAGAAAACCUCAGUCCAGUUGGUUUACACAAUAUUGGACAGACCUGCUGCCUUAACUCUGUGAUUCAAGUGUUGGUUAUGAAUACAGGCUUCACCAAGAUAUUGAAGAGGAUCACAGUGCCAAGGGAAGUGGAAGCGCGGAGGAGAAGCUUCCCCUUUCAGCUUCUCUUGCUGAUGGAGAAGAUGCAGGACAGACGGCAGAGAGCAGUGCGGCCCAUGGAACUUGUCUACUGUCUCCAGAAGUACUAUGUACCACUGUUUGUCCAACAGGAUGCUGUUCAACUUUACCUCAUAGUGUGGAACCUAAUAAAAGACCAAAUCCCUGAUGUGGACUUGGUAGAAAGUUUGCAGGCCCUGUACACAAUUCGAUUGAAGGAGUCUGUGGUUUGCUCUGAGUGUUCCAUGGAGAGUAGCAGAGAUAGUUGCAUGUUGACCCUCCCCCUUUCUCUUUUUGACAAGGAUUCAAAACCCAUAAAUACACUGGAAGAUGCUCUUCAGUAUUUCUUCCAUCCUAAGGAGUUAUCAAGCCAAAACAAGUGCUUAUGCGUUACCUGUGAGAAGAAAACUGCUGGGAAACAGGUCUUCAAGGUAACCCAUUUGCCCCAAACCUUGACAAUUCAUCUUAAGCGCUUCUCCAUCAAGAAUUCGAAGACAGAAAAAAUUUGCCACUCACUCUACUUCCCUCAGAGUUUGGAUUUAAAUCAGGUCCUCCUGACUGAGCCAGACCUCUGCAGUGCUGAGGAAUAUCUUGAAGGACAAUAUGAACUCUUUGCUGUGAUUGCACAUGUGGGAAUGGCUGAUUUUGGUCAUUACUGUGCCUAUAUACGGAAUUCUGUGGAUGGAAAAUGGUUCUGCUUCAAUGAUUCAAAUGUUUGUUGGGUUUCCUGGGAAGACAUCCGCUGCACUUUUGGAGAUCAUAACUACCGCUGGAGAGAAACUGCAUAUCUUCUGGUUUACAUGAAGACUGAAUCCUAAUGAAUGUACCCUAGACCUUGAAAUAUCAACAGUGUGUAAUUUUUAUUUCUAUUCCUGAAUCUGUUGGCACUUUUAUGAGACUUUUCAGUGAAAAGAUGACUAUUAAUUAUCUUAUUUAUAAUCAAAUCUUAUAAUUAAAUCUUAUUUAUAAUCAAAGGUAAAUACCAAAAUAUUUAGCAGUAGGACUGCAAAGGUUACUGCAGGUCAGAAUGAUAAAUAUUUCCACCACUGGUUUCUGACUGACCAGUGGUCUUAGUAUUUCCAGUUAUAUAAAGUAUCAGUCCUUUAGUUGAGUUGAGAUAAUCCAGAUACUUGUAAAUAGGAGACAGUGAGAGGCAUUCAGUAGAUGAAGUACAGUUAGAUAUGUUCAACUGUUUCAAAAACUCAAGUGUUUAUAAUUGUUGCUCAUUUAUUUGGCAGAUGUGCAUUCAUUAUUUACUCCCCAUAAAAUACUGCAAAGGCACAAAAUUAAUAAAG